AGGACAGGGAUAGACAGACGCCGCAGGCAUUUGAUGCUUAAAACCAGCCGCCCGUUGGCUCCAACAACCUCUAUCAUCAGACAGUAUUACUUUCAACCGUUUAGGGAGCACGCCGUGUAUACUGAGAUACAUUGAACGCUCAACACACAACCACGAGAAUAUAAUCAAAAAUUAAUUAUAAAUUUAAUUUUUAAUAAUAAACAAUACAGGGAUAUUUGAGUGUAUGCUUAUAAUUCAAGUUUAUCAUUUUAUAAUUAAUGAUUAAUUAUUUGUAUGAUUAUCCAACCAAUUGAAAAAUAGAAAAAAAAAAAAACAUUUGAAAAAUAAAUAUACCUAAUCUUUUAUUAUUUUAUCCAAGUGAUUUUUAUGUAAUUUUGUUGUUUUUAUUAAUUUUUUUUUUUUUUUGUAAAUUAACUGUGCUGUAUUUUUAAUUUUAAAUGGAUUAUUAUUUGUGAAUUAUUAUUGUCAUAAAUAUAUAUGAUAGUUAUGAAAACAUUGAAAGCCAAUAUUGAGGAUUAUAUAUAUUUUAAUUGGACAAAUUUAUAUGAAAUUGUUUUAUAAAUAUUCAUAACGUGUUGAACAAUUAUUUAAUUAUUUUUUUUGGAUCAACUAAAUUUUUUGUGAUUGUAAAUUUACAAAUGUCUUGUUGAUAAAUUAAGACAAGUGAAUAUAUUUUUAAUUCAAAUAACGUUAAGUGAAUAACUGAGUUUAAGUGAAGCAAAAAAAAAAAAAAAAUAUUGAUUGUUAUUUAUUAUUUGGGUUAUUUAUUUUAUUUAUUGAGUAUUGUGUACUGAGUGUUUAGUGGAGCACAUUUUUAUUUGGAUUAUUACAUGCUGAAUAGUUAUCGUGUUUGUGACAGUACUCGAGGAUAAAUAAAACAACUGUUCACGUGUUUAAGAAAUACGUUGAAGGGUUGAAAUAAAAGACUUUCAUCAUCCGGGGUGUCUUGCGAGGUGCCGCCCCAAAUUGGGGGUGGUAUUCGAGGGUUUAGUACCGCGGCGAUGGUGGCAGCUGCCACCGCAACGGCCACCGCAACUGCUUGCGUGGUGGCCAUGCAGGACCGCCAGGACAUCCCAGCUCAAUUCAAUCAGAGUCAUGGAAUGAGCCAUCAUCAAUCUUAUAAUACGGGUUACGGUCAACGUGGUCCAAUGACUGGUAUGGGCCCAGUCGGUAUGAAUAAUUAUAAUAAUAUGUCGUCAAUGGGCCCAGUACAUGCAAUGAAUUCAAUGAAUAAUAUGAACGGAAUGAACAUGAAUCCAAUAUCAAUGGGUCAAAUGAAUAGUAUGAGUGGUAUGAAUGGUAUGACACAAAUGAAUACAAUGACAAAUAUGUCAAGCAAUAUGAAUAUAAAUAGUAUGAUGGCCUCACAAAAUUCAAUGCAAAUGGCAAAAAUGCAAAUGCAAGGACAACCACAAUCACAACCAUCACCACAACAGCAACAACAACAACAACAACAACAGCAACAACAACAACAAGGUUAUCCACGUAGGCUAGCACCAUAUCCAAGUGGUGCUAUGCAUAUGGCACAAAAACGUCAACAACAAAAUCCAUAUUUAACACAAAAUCCAUCAACAAUGCAACCAGGCUAUGGAAAUAUGCCAAAUCAUUAUCAAAAUAAUUAUCCAUCAUCCAGACCAAAUUUUCAUCCACAGUAUCAACAAGUACAAGCAAUGAGUCAAUCAUUUCCACCAAGCAAUAUGAUUAGAGGGACCAAUAUGAGACAAACUGCACCAUCAUAUAAUCCACAAGCAUCACAAACAAAUCAGUAUUAUGGAACAAAUGGAGCUGGACAAGUCAAUAUAUCACAACAAAUUAAUCCAGUACCUGGUAAUCAAUUUGUUGGACAUCAGCCAAAUAAUAGUGGCUAUGUUAAUCCAUCAACCUAUCCAACACCUCAACAUCAACAACAAAAUCCACAACAAGUACAACAACAUCAUCAACAAAAUCAACAACAACAUCAUCAUCAUCACCAACAAAGUCAACAACAACAACAACAACAACACCAUCAACAUCAUCAACAACAAAGUCAACAGCAACAACAACAGCAACAAAAUCAACAGCAACAACAACAACAGUAUCAACAGGAAGUACCUGGCAUGAGAACUGCUGGUACAGGAAAUAUGAAUUAUCAACACAGUCCAAUUCCUGGAAAUCCCACGCCACCACUUACACCAGCAACUAGUAUGGCACCUUAUAUAAGUCCAAAUCCGGAUAUUAAACCAAACUUUAGUGACAUUAAACCAAACUUUAGUGACAUUAAACAACCAGUCAACAUUCAAAAAGAUGAUGAAUUGAGAUUAACAUUCCCCGUUCGGGAUGGUGUAAUACUUCCACCUUUUCGUCUACAGCACAAUUUAGCUGUUAGUAAUCAUGUAUUUCAAUUAAAAUCAACAGUACAUCAAACACUUGUUUGGCGAUCUGAUUUGGAAUUACAAUUAAAAUGUUUUCAUCAUGAAGACAGACAAAUGAAUACAAAUUGGCCAGCAAGUGUACAAGUAUCUGUUAAUGCAACACCUCUUGUUAUUGAUAGAGGUGAAAAUAAAACGUCCCAUAAGCCACUUUACCUCAAAGAUGUAUGCCAAUCUGGUAGAAAUACAAUUCAAAUAACUGUAUCAGCAUGUUGUUGUUCACAUUUAUUUGUACUUCAAUUAGUACAUAGACCAAGUGUACGUAGUGUAUUACAUGGAUUAUUACGUAAACGUUUACUUGGUGCUGAACAUUGUGUUACAAAAAUUAAAAGAAAUUUUAAUUCAAUGCCAGUUAAUAAUAUUAAUGGUUUACAAACGGAAAAGGAUGUUGUUGAACAAACAGCAUUAAAGGUUUCAUUAAAGUGUCCAAUAACAUUUAAACGUAUCACACUACCAGCAAGAGGACAUGACUGUAAACACAUAGGCUGUUUUGAUUUGGAAUCAUAUCUUCAAUUAAAUUGUGAACGUGGUAAUUGGAGAUGUCCAAUUUGCACAAAACCAGCACAAUUAGAAGGACUUGAAGUUGAUCAAUACAUGUGGAGUGUAUUAACAACAACAGUUAAUAGUCCAGACAUUGAAGAAAUAACGAUAGAUUCAGCAGCAAAAUGGAAACCAACAAGAAACCAAAUAAUUAUUAAAACAGAAGAUGAUAGUGAAAAUAAACAAAGACAAUGUUACAGUAUGACAAAGGCAAUGUCACCUGGUAGUAUGCAUAUGCCAACAAUGAAUAAUAAUUGGGAUAUGAAUCAAGUUAUGAGUCCUUAUAUACCACCUGAUAUGAACAGUAUUGUUAGUGGUUCAAUGAUAAAUAAUACACAUACAUAUCCAAAUAAUAGUAUUAAUCAUCGUAAUACAUCAGGUGGUAGUUAUGAUAUAAAUACAAUAAGUGGUAGUGCUGGUAAUAAUGAUUAUAGUAAUGGGGCUGGUCCUCUAUCGCAUCUAAGUGAUUCUGUUAAUUCACUUGAUCCAUUAAAUGCCAUGGAAAAAACACUAAAUGAUCAGAUGCCACAUACUCCUCAUACACCUCACACACCUCAUACACCUCAUACACCUGGUGGUGGUAAUAGUGGACCACCAAGUGUACCACCAGCAUCACAAGAAUCAACAAGCGGUCAUAAUACAUCGGGCAAUGGCAGUACAAAUAUUAAUAAUGACACAAAUGAAAUACCCUCAGAUCUUAAUUUUGAUCCAGCGGCUGUUAUUGCUGGUGAAGGAACCGGACAAGAAGCAUUAAAUCUUUUGCCUGAUAAUGUUGUUGAUCCAAUGGAAUUAUUAUCAUACUUGGAUCCACCAGAUCUUAAUACACCACCAAGCAGUGGUGCAAGUAGUGGAAAUCCAUCAUCAAAUGAUGACAUUUUAGCGUUCUUUGAUUAAAUUUUUCAAAUAAAAAAUCCAUAAUUAUGCGAAAUGAAAAUAAUAAAAAAAUCAAAUAACUCCCUAACGGUAUCGAGGACAAAAGUGAUUAAAAUUCCAGUGAAAAAAUCAACAAAUAGUUGAAUCACAGGAAAUUAUAAAUAAAAUAAUUUAAUAAACACAAUAAAAUAUUAAAACACAUUUUAAAUAUAUAAAUAUAGAGGAGUCACACUGUGGGUGCUCUCCACCUAAAACAAAUGGUACAAAAAAAAAAACCUUUUAGCUCUAAUUGUAAUAUUCCUAUGAACAAUUAUUAGGGCAUAAUAGAUUUAGAUAAAUUACCCUACUUGUAUGUAUCGAAAAAAAAAAAGUAGCGAAAAAAAAUUAUUUUAUUUUUGCGUUUUUAAAUGACCAGAUUCAAAAGUGAAAAAAAAAAAAAAAAAAGGAAAAAUUUUCUGGUGAAAUUUAGAUGAACAUUGUUUUUUGCUUUGUUGAUAAUUUCAAUAAUUAAAAAAAAAGAAAUUGAAAUGUUUUUUUUUUUUUUUCUUUAUGAAAUGAUAUGGAAAAUCCUCACGCAGGAAUUUAAAAAAUCGAAAAAUUAAGAAAUACUGUACAGAUUUAUUUUACUUAUUAUUUGUUUGUCUUUUAAUUUUUUUUUUUUUUUUUGUAAAUAAGUUUUUUUUUUUUUUUUUUUCUAGAUUUAUAAGUUGGGAUAUGUUGGCCCAUUUCUUCUAAUCAUGUAAAGUUAAAAAAGAAACUUUAUUGACGGUUAAAAUAAAAUAUUAUACGAAAAUAUGAAAAAUUAAAAAAAAAUAAAUUCAAUGGCUAAUCUUCCGAUAUAUAUUUUUUUCUAGAUUAAAAACAAAAAAAGUAAAAAAAAAAAAAGAGUAAAAAAUUAUUGAUAUUUUGUUUUGUUUAAAAGCAAAAUCGCCGAAGUCAUUGUAAUGAAAAAAAUAAAAUAAAAAUAAUUAAACAAUUUAUUAUCUGUUUCGUUUUUUUUUUUUUUUUUUUUUAAUUAUAAAUUCAAAAAAAAAAAAAAUAUAUAUAGAAAAAAAAUGCAGCAGUGGAGAAGACAAAGUGAUUUUAAAGAAGAAUUUUUUUUUUUUGCUGUAUUAGUGACGUGUUUUGCGAUUAAAUAAUAAAGUAAACUCAAAAGCUUAUAAAUAAUUUUUAAAAAAAUCAACAUUAUCGUAAACCGCAAAUAAAAGCAAAUGAUAAAAAUUAAAUAAAAAAAGUGUAUUUAUAUUCCGAAACUGGGUUUUGCGAUGCAACAAGAACGCACAAUCGUUCAAGACAGAAAUAAAAAAAAAAACGCGUUAAAUACGCAUUCAAGUUUCUAUUUAUAAUUAUACUUUACUUUUAAAAAAAAACAAACGAGAAAAGUUUUCUUAUUACAAUUUACAUUAUAAGCAAGAAAAAAAAGCAACAAAAAAAAAAUAUUGUAUAUUACUUGUAAAUAGCAAAAAUAAUAAUAAUACACAAAAUGAUAAGAUUUAAAAAAAAAAAUAAAUAAGUAUUGUCAACGGACAGUAACUAUAAAACAUAAAUUAAUAAUUUAAGAAAAAAAAUGGCAAGUAAAAAUUAUUAUUAACCAGUUAUAAGCAAACAAAAGAUGAUAAAAAAAAUAAUAAAAUAAUAAUAAUAAAAUAAAACACAAGAGUAAAUGAAAUAAUAAUAAUAAUAUUAAUAAUAAAUAAAAAAAAAAAAAAAAAAAGCUAAAAUAUAUAUCUUAAUUAUUAUUUCACAGAACCAAAUUAUACAGGUGACGUAUAAAAAUAAUUUAUCCUAGUUCAAUGAAAAUAUAUAAAUUAAAUUUAAAAACAAAAAGAAAAUUUUUUUGUGUGCAUGAGGCUUUACAGCAGUAAAAAAAAAAAACUGAAUAAUCCGGGCCUGAGUAAUUUUACCUAUAAUAAAUACCUAACUUCCUAUGAAUAAAUAAAAUAAAUAAAAAAAAAAUAAUUAGAUAAAGUUUAUUGAAAAUGUAAGCUUCAAAAUUUUGAUGAUUAAAUAUUGUGUAUGAUAAUAGUGACAAUAUCAUAAAAAUAAUUUUUGUCAAAUUAAACUUUAAACAUAAUAAUAUGGACUAAAUAAUUAUCAACAAAAUAAAUUUUAAUAAAAUAACAUUUCUUUUUAAAAAAAAUUUAUACAUGUUAUUUUUUAAAACAAUUAUUUUGUAUUAAAAAAUUAUUUAAUCAAAAUUAUUUUGGCAAUUGUAAAUUUGACAAAAAUUUAUUUUUCAUUGAUAACCAUUAAUAGGCAAUAACUAUCGACUAUACCUAAUAUUAUUUAAAAAAAAAAAAAAAAAUUGAUAACAAAAACAGGUCUCAUCAAUCCUCUAAGACCAUUUAAAAAUAAAUUUUUAAUUUAAAUAUUUUUAAUUUUAUGAUAUAUAUUUAUUGAAAAAUGAAAAAAUGGAGACUGUUGACGAGGAUUUUUAGGGACCUAAAUAUAUUGUACUAUGUGGACAGAUGUUUGACUGUCGUUAUAAUUUAAAUUUAACAAUCUGCACCAAUCAAUAUUCUACAAAGGAUCAAAGGGACAAUGCAGGUGUUAUUUUUUAUUUAUUAUUAUUAUUAGUUUUUUUAUUUUUUUCAGUAGAAGAAUAAUAAAAAUGCAGCUGGGCAAAAAAGAAAUUCUUUGAUCCCCGCAAGUUUUUUGUCUUCUUUAUUACUGAUGGGGUCUUUGGCUCGUUUUAUUCAAAAAUAAAAAAUAAAAAAACAUGUACGCAAUAAACAUACGAAUAAUAGUGUUAUUGGUUACAUAUUUACC